UGUCUGGAGCUGCCAUUUCCACAGAACAAAAACCACAACUCCCAUUUUUUCCUCUUUGAAACCAUUUCUAGGAAGGGAAAAGAAGCCAUGUCAGUUAAGCAGCUGGUCAUCGCCGUCGACGGCACGGCCGAGAUGGGUUUCUACUGGGCCCCUAUUCUCUCUGACUACCUCGUGAAAAUCAUCAGGUAUCUUUGUGGUCAUAAUUUGACGGGACAGGAGGCCUCUGGGGGAAGAGUUGAGCUCAGCCUAGUUAUGUAUAACUCUCAUGGACCUUAUAGUGGUUUCUUAACACAGGAUAGUAGGACAACAAGGAGUAUGGGUACAUUCUUACAGUGGCUGUCUGCUAUAUCCUUCAGUGGGGAUGGUUAUGAUGGCCUCGCAAUUGCAGAAGGUCUAGCUGAUGCCUUGUUGAUGUUUCCAAGGCAUCCACAUGGAACCCAAACUCAACAACGUUUACUUGGACGGAGGCAUUGCAUUCUUGUCGCUGCUAGUAACCCCUUCCCUUUCCCCAUUCCUGUCCACCUCCCCAAAAUUCAAAAUUUGCAAGGCGCUCAAAUUUCUGGUGCAACCACUGAAUUUUCUCUCGCUGAUCCCAACAUGGUUGCUAAGUUAUUCACUCAGUGUUGUGUUUCUCUAUCAGUAAUUUCUCCAAAACAGCUUCCAAAACUUAGAGAGAUAUAUAAUUCGGGAAAUUCUAAUCUCCAAGGAGAAGAUUCUCUUGUUAAUGGUAUGAAUCCUCAGUUUCUUAUUCUAAUCUCCAAGAAUUUCCCAGAGGCUCAUGCUGCUCUAAAUGAGUACAAUGUAACAAGCACACCGUUGAUUCAAAACCCGGUCUAGAUGGAAAAAGAAUAUCAAUUAGCAUCUGCAGAUUUUGAUGACACAAUAGAACAGUACUAACAGGCAUACAGCAUAGCUGGAUCGGAUGGUUAGAGGUCGACAUUCAUCCUGAUUCUCGACCUAUAUGUUUUGCAGGGUGAUUUUGAUAUGUUCAUGAAAGAACAGUGAUUAAUUUCUUUGAAGGGGAACAUUAUUUCUACAUUUAAACUUCUGAACAACAAGGUCCUGGGGAAAAAUUUUGAAACUUGACAUUUUCACUUUGAAAUGCAGGUGGGGGAGGAAUGUCAUGUAAUUUUGUAAAAGUAAAACUCUUAUUUAUAUAGCAUUGUUCUUCAUGGAAACCAUUUGUAUACUUCUGAGUGUAAGAAAAUUGAACUGUAUGAACCUCAACUUUAUUUGAUAUACUCAACAACUUUUUACCCUCCAGUGAGAUGCUCCUCACUAUAAGUAUCAUCUAGUUAUGGAAGAUUAGGGUUUAAGAAACAAUAAUCAUCAUCCAUACCCUGGCCAAUAUGUUUGAAAAUGAACUAUUACAUGCAGUAUGAUGUUACAGACAACAAUUUUCAGAGCCCAGCAACUCAACUACAAUAAUAUAAACCCAAACUGGGUACACCCUUCCACCCAUUUUACUUCCCUUCAAGAGAAAAAAUAUAUCAAGGGAAAGGUGACUGAAGGACAUAUAGUACAGCUCCAUAAGUAAUUACAGUGAGGUGAAGGACACAGCAACCUAGUCGAUGAUCAAAAUACAACAGCAAUUUGUACCAAAGAAUACAAUAUAAGCAUGCCCAAUCCCAACAGAGGAAAAAAAA